UUCCAGAAGAGGAGGGACAGCUGCUCCGAGCAGCGGAAGAGGAGCGGAAAAUCUAAAAUAAUAAAAAUAACAAAUAAAAAAUGCGUCAACCGACAGCUCAUCCUCGCACCGCUUUCUGACUCUUUCUCGAGCCUCCCCCCCGCAGAAGAAUGGCGUGAGGCGGCAGGCGUGGAUGUGACUGCGACAGUGUCGGGAGUUACCGGCAGCAGCGAACUCUGCUGCCGCUGCCUGGAAGUUUUCUGUGGUUUCCGUCGGGCAUCCGACGGUGGCGGCGGCGGCGGCGGCAGCGGCGGCUCUCUCCCCGGAGCAGUGUCCCGGGCAGCCCAGCCCCAUGCAAAACGGAACGGCCUCUGGCGGCUCCGGCAACUCCAAUGUCACCUGCUCCUGUAACUGCACGGCUUCCCAGCCCCGGGAGAUGGAGAUAUCUGAACUGGAGUUUGUUCAGAUUGUCAUCAUCAUUGUCGUGAUGACGGUGAUGGUGGUGGUAAUCAUCUGCCUGCUCAACCACUACAAGUUCUCCACCUGGUCCUUCAUAUCAAGGCAGAGCCAGGCCCGCAGGCACGAGCACGCCCUGCAGCAGAACGGGUGUCUGUGGCCUACAGACAGCAGCUCACGGCGAGGAGCCUCAGAGGGGUUUUACGCUCCCCAGGCCCGGGAUCGCUUCACCACUCCGUCUUUCAUGCAGCGAGAGCAUUUCAGCCGCUUCCAGCCCACCUAUCCCUACAUGCAGCACCAAAUCGACCUGCCCCCCACUAUAUCCUUAUCGGAUGGCGAGGAGCCCCCACCGUACCAAGGGCCCUGCACCUUACAGCUUCGCGAUCCCGAACAGCAGAUGGAGCUUAACCGGGAGUCGGUCAGGGCGCCCCCCAACCGAACCAUCUAUGACAGUGACUUGAUUGACAUGGGGGGAGGCGGUGGCCCCGGAGGAGUGGGCUUGGGAGGUGGAGGUCCGAGACCCCCCAGCAGCAAAUCCGGUGUCAGUGCAGCCAAUUCCAGCACCCACGGGCGCAUGGAAGGGCCCCCCCCAGCAUACAGUGAAGUGAUGGGCCACUACCCUGGGUCAGCUUUCUUUUUACACCAGCACAGCAAUAACCAGAGAGUAGGAAGGCUGGGGGGGCUGGGGGUCAGGAUGAUCCUGCAGGAGAGCCAAUCAGAAAGCACAACAGUACCUGCCAAGGCUAAGGACGGCCAACCAGAUGACCCCGUUUGAGGGGCAGACGGCUGGAGUUGUGAGUGAGCAUCAGAAUCUGGGUCUCCCUCCCCUCUGGAGCUGCAGCAGAGCGAGCAGGAGACAAUCCCAGAGUUCCUUUCACCUAAAAGGGGGGGGAAUGCUUACACCCCACGGACACUUUAGAUUUCAUUUGAAGAAAGAAAACGUACUCCAGCACAGACCAGUUCUAUUUUCCCUCUCUGAUGUUUUAUGUGUUGCCUAAGGGAUCGACCUUUGGUCUCCAGGAGGCCGUUCGGCCCCGUUUUGGUCUCUUUUUGGGCAUCGGAAUCUUUUCACAAAGGAAGAACUGAGAAUCCAAGGUCUGCAGAAGACCCGGCAAAACAAGAGAACCUAACCCCCAGUGCCAAGGUCCACGAGAAAGCAAACCCCACAGGACGGAGUGACGCGUGGAGACAGAACCCAAAAACCUUUCCUAAAAGUUGCACUAUUUUUGGUUGUAGAAGAGGAGAGGGACUUUUUGCUUCUUGUCCCUCCCUCUGUUUUUUUUUUUUUUUGUUGUUUUUUUUUUGUUUGGCGUGGUGGGGUAUGGUACUGCACCCCCCACACACACACUUCUUAAGUAGUUAGGGGGGAAAUCAAACAAAAAGUAAGAAGAGAAAAAGCAAAAGAAUGAAUGAAGCUUAAAUAUUUCCUUUUCAAAAAGUGCAAGUAAAACUUUUCUAAGGCCAACAACAGCUUUCUGCUUACGCCAGUAAAACUUAGUAAAACUCAAUCUGCUAUGUGACCGGCUGCGACGGGAAACCCCCCCUACAUCUGCUUACACAGCCUAUAGGAAGUGAAAGAGUCUUCUGGAAUCACAGUCCCCUUAGUUUAACUGAUCUUUGCACUUGUGUUCACUGUGCAUCGUCUAAAAAGGCCUUCUGGCCAGCAGAAUAGGCUCAAAGCUGCCCACGCUCCAAAAAGAGACACUUUCCUUCUCUUUCUGUUUUCUAGCAUCCAUCUUUCUCCGUCCACCCUCCACCCUCCACCCCUCAGUGCAUUUUUCCAACAUCCACCCUGAGCCCCAAAGCUGGAAGUGCUCUCCCGCUUGAUGCAGAUGAAGAAAGACGGCACGAGCCAGCUGUGGUUAAAGUCAAAGGGCUAAGGGAGGGGGCCUCUUACAGAAGAGGAUGAUACCUUUUUGCUCAUCGUUGCCUUGCUUCUGGUUUUGCCCGUUCUAUGCCACCAUCCCAGCAUGCUCUCUGCUUCUGUCUGGGUCUCUGCUGCUGCAUUAACACUGAUUGGUCCAGCUUAGUUUGCUCUUCCCUCCUUCAAAACGCAUUUGAAAUGGGGUGACGGAAGUCCCGCCUGCAUUGCUACCAAGGUGUGCAGAGUGAGAACUCCCACCUCCAUCCAGCAUGUUGUUUUCUAUUUUUCUUUCAAACGGACUGAUUUGAGCCUUAGCCUUCAUGUUUUGGUUUCUUCUAUCAGCACACAGAAAUGACCCAUCGGUAUCAUAACUGUGGGGUAAAAGGUUGGGAAAGCAUGGCUUAGAAACCAGACUUCUCCUGAACUUCAAACAUCCACGUUUAAAGACUGGAAGAGCCUUUACAGUUGAGUCUGGGGUCCUGACACAGAGCCACGCACUUUUCGGUUCAAACGAGUGCACUGUUUGCUUUCCAGACAUUUGGCGGCUCAUGCAUUAACUCGUCUGUCUUUCUCAACCUUAAUGUAACAGAAAAUUAAGCUUUCAUUAGAAUUCUAAAGGCCGGAAACACAAAGGGCCUCACAUCUGUGAAGCCAGGUUCUCUGCGUGUCCCUUUGACGUGACAGAAGUGCCCAUAGACAUUCGAGUCCACCAUAGCAUGAUAGGAUAUCAUUCUUUUUUAUGGUACAUGACCCCUUCCCCGCCUUUCACACUCUCCUGUUGAAACUGUGACCAAAGGUUCAGGUUUUGUUUCUACUCGGAUAGACUCUGACGGGUGAUGGAAAACGCCGGAUGCUGUUGCUAAACUCUCCCUUCUGUGUCACAUUUAGUCUGGAAGUGCAGCUGUGCACAGUUGAAGCAAACAUCACGGACGCCUUUCCUUCUGUGGGCUGACGGUUUCAGCCGUCACAGAUCGGAGGCACCGAGCCGUCGUACUGAUGGUUCUGCGGUGUUGUCAUGUGAUUGGUGGACAGGGAAAACGUUAUUGCUUCCACUGUGAGAUCAGUGUGUUACCCGCUUUUCCAUCUGUGUUUGAGAAGAGCAGCAGAGGUGACUGCAGAUGAAGGGAGGAGAGACUUGCAGGCUCCUUGUGGUGUAACCACAGGACUCCAGGAAAGGUGGAGUUGGAGGCGUGGCUCCAUUUUGGCGCUGAUGUUUUUGUACAGAUGCAAGCCCCCGUUCGGUUCUGGCGGGUGCGUUGUUGGCCUGGUUCCGUUGUUCCUGUGUGACUAAUAAGCUGCUGCUAAGGCUGUUUUUUGCUGCUACUACUGUUGCUGCUUUCAUACCCGCUUCCAGCCCCCCCCCCCAACUGUCCGUCCUGCCCCCCUCAGCUCCACCAUGAAAAGCCCAAACCUUUGCAGUCAAAGCCACCAGUACUGAGCCUGCCAUCUCCAUGACUGAGAAGAGGGAUCCCAGCCUGGAUUCUGACUGAGACCUGGUACUUGUGUGACUGAAGGGGGCAGCUUCCAGCUCCCCCUGCUCUUUUUUUGUUUUUCGUCUUUGUUCCAAGCUGCUGUCAUGCAUAAAGAGGAAUUUAUGUUUUGUACCAUGUUACCAGUUUGUGAGUAAAUAAGGUGCCUAAUGUUCAUGUUUGAGCAGAUCCCAGCUCAGUCACAUGGCUGCUGGAGUCCACAUAGACGCAUCAUCUGGGUUGGGGGGUGGGGGGUUUCACCUGUCUGGCGGGUGCGGCAGAGUUCUGCAUCGGUCCCUGACUUUCUCAGUGCCGUCUGACUGGAACUGUGCGCGUCAUCUCUCACCUGCUGGAGCUGCACGCGUGGCGGCUUCAGAGCCCGGCAUGGUCCGUUGCUCUGUCAGACGGUAGGACCCCCCCCCCACACACACACACACACACACACAGAUGCAGGCGAGGCUGUUCCCGAGCAGACGUGGCCUUUGUGUGGCGUAGACAUAAGAACCCACUUGCACUCAAAAAAAAAAAACUCCCACCUUCUUUGUGCCUCACUUCCAACGGUGCUUUUUCAGUCUCUUUCUGUUUGUUUGUAAGGUGCUGUAAAUAACUUGAAUCUCUUAUGCACAUAUCCUACCCAGAGGGUAGAAACCACCAGAAGAUGUUGUGAAUAAUGUAAAAUAAAUGUAUAGACAUUAUGAUCAUUUGAAAUGCCUAAAACAUGCUCUUUUAACACAAAGACAUCAAAGUAUGCUUAGAUUAUGGUUGCAAGUGACUCCUCUGACUAUUUUCCUAUAAAUAACAAGUCUGAUGAUGACAUGACCCCGAAUGGAGAGAGGUGGUCACUCGAGCAUCACGUUUGACCGGGGCUCUGGACUGGAGGAAGGUUUUCCUCUCCCUCCUUUGUCCGCCGACAAAUGUAAAGCUGUUUUGCACAGAUUUUUUUUUAAGGACACAGAAAUCCUGCACACCUGUUGGCUUUCAGACGUCCAGCAGACGAGCCCAUGUUCUCACUGAGCACAAAAGUCCGUCUGUCCGUCAGCUGCAAAGACGAGCAGUCGCCACGUCUGCAUUUUGUCCUGUAUUUCUGCCAAAGUGCGGGAGGCGGCGAGGACGCUCGGCUGGGGUCAGAUGGCGUUUCAGCUCUGGAGGACAGCUGCUGCUGGGGAAACACAAGAGGGAAACGGCGUUCUUUUGGCUAACGUGAACUAGCACCAGCAGCGUUAGACGAGCAGGGGUCGAAUUACUGUUAAAGCUAUCAUCCGACUUUUCCUACUUCACAGAUUAUUUACAACAUUUUGAUAUGUUAUCAGUUCAUCCAAACAAUCUGCUUUACUUACAGUAUGUAUUCAAGCUAAGGCCUCAGUACGAUAUGCACAGAGCAUGGUCAUUAUCUAUAGACGAUGUACAGUCAAGUUUUCUUUUCAAGCAGCUGAGUAGUAGUUGGGGUUUGAGGGACGUCCGAAGAGUUAGGCGGGCCGGUUCGUCCGGUCACAGGCGAGCCCCAAGCUGACCUUCACCUGCUUUGUCCUGUUCCGUUUUCUGGAGUUCAGAUCCACCUGCUGUCAACAAGACUGCACGAUGAGAGCAGGGAAGACUACCGUUUGCUUUCAGCCUGGGUUUACCAUCAUCUGUUUGCUUUACUGACAAAAUGUCCCAUUUACCCCUCUGCAGAAAUAUAAAAAUAAAUGUAUAUAUGUCAUAUAUAUAUAUAUAUAUAUUAUCUAUAUCUCUGACAGAGGCUAAAUUGUGUAUUUUUCUUUCCUUUUAUUUAAGCAGUUGUGAUGUAAUAGGUUUUAGGCCUAAGGUCUGUUAUUGCAAUACUUUUACAGAAAAGAAGAAAAUCAAAUAAAAAUGUUGCUCCAAGUGCUGUUGUAGUCAGAUUUGAAGCUUGUUCUUCUGCUGUAGUCCAACUGCAGCGUAACAAAUAAAACUUUCAAAGUGA